CAUUAAUUUGGUUAUGUAAAUUACAAUAAAUUCAUAAAUUACGAAAAAAAAAAAAAAAAACGUGAUCAACUACUGUGUAGCGGUAUCAUGGAAGACAAGCACCCUUGUUGUUGUGGAAGACAACGGGACACGACUUGCUGAAGGAUAAAGUCCAUGUUUCCAGGAAAUGUACCAAUAGUAGACAAAUAACACUCUUAAAUGUAAACAAUACAGUACUGAGGAAUUAGAUGUUGAAGAUGUCGGUAUUGAAGAGGGAAAACAAUUAAUUUCAGGCACCAAUCGAGCGGCGUGGAUUUACUGAAGCCAGCAGAAGCACUGACAUGUGGAGGGUAGUUUUGGUGGCGACCGAGGCCUUAAGGAUGCCAUGGGUGGCAGUCGUCUUUAUGGCGGGAGCGGUCGCUGGCAGUCUCCCUAUGGCUACAGUAGAACCUUCAUUGUAUUACAUAAACACUUCCCCUCUUGGCUCCUUUCUAGAAAAGCCUGGCAUGACCCUAAGCAUCCAGGACGCUUACAUCACGCUACGUGUCAAGAACAGAUCAACAUGCCGCGCUGCCUGCUGGUCACAUAUUCACUGCGUGGCCGUGGCGGCAGUACCUGACGGGGAGAUUAUUCAGUGUCGCUUGGCUGACAGAGGACCCACAUGGACCAAUGUCACCGCUGCUUCUCGGGCCACCUACACCUAUUGGGAAAGGUCACUACCCACCGGCACUUAUGACCUGCGGGAAGAUAAGAUGCUCUACCUGGUGGUGAGUGACAGAGCUAAUUUCACAGCAGCCAAGGAACUGUGCAAGAGAAUUCCUGGACACCGCUUGGCCAUCACGAAAACCAUAAACCAAUAUGAAACACUGCUCCGUAUUGCCAAUGAAAAACAAAUAAGUCUAUGGGUGGAUCUGCGAGGCGAAAAGACCACUGCGGGUGACGUGGUGCUGUGGGGCGACGACACUCUGUAUAGCGACAGCGGGGCCUCCAGGGUGGCCAAGAUGGAGACAAGUCCAGGGACGCAGGUGACGAAGACACGUUACUACAGGCUGAAGGGAAACGUGCUCCAUGGCACCACACUGGCCAAGGAACUGUGUCAUCCACUCUGCCAGGCUCAUCCGAUGGGGCUAUCACGCCUUACUUUCAUAAGGGACUAUGAGGGAAAUAGACUGUAAUAGAGAUUUUAGUCCUCACUAGAUUAUUUGAUUUCACAACAUUAUAAUAACUCCAGUAAUAAAACAGAAAGACAAAUUAUCGUGGUACAGUGGAACCAUGCGUGCUUUGGGGUCCGAGGGGUCUCCAAGCGCACGGAUUCAAUUCCUGUCCACGAUCUGAGUGUAGGUUGG